GGAUUUAUGCCUUGAGGAGAGGGGGAGGGAAGCGAGGGGGGAGGUCCUUGACCACCCUUGUAAACACAUGUACGUCCUUUAGGUACUUUAGUAUCACCGUUUUCAGCGGAGGAGUCAAAUCGUACUGUGUAUCAAAUCUUCACGAUUCUCUGUGGACAAGACCAUCCGUAGUUUUUUACGUUCAAAUCUUAUACUCUUCGUGUGUGUGUCUAGUUAGAUCUAGUACCCGCGUUCGCCAUAUUGUGUAGUUGUUCUGGUCCAAGAUUUGUGUUGUUUUGUGUGUGUGUGUGUGAUUCGGGUGCGUUCGUGUGAUGUGAAUUUCGAAGGAAAAUAGCAAGGCACAACGCUACUCUUGUAUUGCAAGCAGUGACUCCAUGUUAGAUUCAACACUGAAGUGUGAGUUUUCUGACCGCAGCGAGGGGGGAAUGAGCCUCAACAACAACAUGGCGACGCUGCCGUCCAUGGACAUCAACCAUCUCCUUAGCGCCGUGGAACAGGAUUUACCAGCACAGCAGCAGCACGGAGACAUGAAACACGGCGACAACAACCCGGAGAGGCAUCUGAACGUGGUGCUGGAAGACCGGGAAUUAUGGGAGAAGUUUAAGGAGUUUACUAAUGAGAUGAUCGUCACCAAAAAUGGCAGGCGCAUGUUCCCAGUGUUCCGGGCCAGUGUUUCCGGUUUGGACCCCAAUGCUAUGUAUACUCUACUGUUAGACUUCAUUCAGAUUGACUCACACAGGUGGAAGUAUGUGAAUGGAGACUGGGUACCAGGGGGCAAAGCAGAACCAGCGGCGCCCAGCUGUGUGUACAUACACCCGGAUAGCCCCAACUUUGGUGCUCACUGGAUGAAGGAGCCGGUCAACUUCAGUAAAGUCAAACUGACCAACAAAUUAAACGGGGGAGGUCAGAUCAUGCUGAAUUCACUACACAAAUACGAACCUCGGCUUCACGUGGUCAAGGUGAACUCAAGGACGCAGAAGAAGACCAUUCUGACCUUCAGUUUCCCAGAGACCCAGUUCAUUGCAGUCACCGCCUACCAGAACGAAGAAAUUACAGCUCUCAAAAUAAAGCACAAUCCAUUCGCCAAGGCUUUCCUUGAUGCCAAAGAGCGGCCUGACCAGAGAGACUUCAUUGAUGACCCUUCCUGUGGUCAGGACAGAACCUUGUCACACUUUGCUACGCCAUGGUACCUUGCGCCCUCUGCCGGCCAUCCUCUAGUCCCACCGCCAGCUCACCAGUUUGCUCCGCACUUAGGGCUGGCCAAUCCACACUGCGAUCGCUUGACCUUCAGGAACUCGCGGCAGCACACUGGAUAUCAUCCGUACCAGCGGAGAUCACCACCACACCCGGGAAACUUCCAGCGAGACGUCGGCUCUAAUCUGCCCAUGCUGAAUCUGGCCUCUGAAAACUGGGCCAACAUGUCCAUGGGUGGUGCCCACGGGAUGCUCGCCCCCGGGCAUGCCUCCAACAGCCAGUACGGGAUGUGGAUGAGUGGCGUGAGCAAUCUAUCGCCUAACCAGAACUGCGCCAUGCCGUCGUAUCUCCGCAGCCCUGCGCCUUACUCUCUAGCGCCCACCUCUGGUUCGAGUCCUUCUCUAGCAAAUAUUUCAGGGAACAGCGGCGGAGGGGGUAGUUCUAACAGCAGCCCCCAGAACAGCCACGUCCCCACUGGCUUUGAGCACCCUUGCGACCUGCAGCUCUUUUCCCCAGCCACUCGACCAGUUGACGCCUCAAGGGGGAGCUGGAGCCCGUUGACGUCACCACACUUAUGACAAUCAGCAUACAGCCAGCCAAACUUCCUGUGAUCCCCAGAUCGCCACCCUGCAUGGUCCACAGAUCGCCACCUAGCAUGGUCCAUAAUUUCAAAACUGGCAAAGUUUUCCUGGCUGUACCGACACAUUUCUUCUAGGUCAAUCUAGGCUGCUGCCUUUUUUUAAAAAAGCUUCUUUGCUGAAACACCUUUGUUACCUAGAGAUCGUUAAGAACAAAGAAGGCAUCAAGAUUUAUCUACUUAACUGAAAAUGUAGGCUAUGUGUUCUAAUAUUGUAACUCAUUUGGGCACUUCAAGAGGUUUCAGGUCGUGAAGUAUUGUCAUUGCCUUCUGAAUAUGAGAUUCAUGUAAUCAUCUAAAUAUUUAUCAUAGUGAACCAUUGCGUUGGAUUCUAUUGUGUAUUAUUUGAACAAGCCAAUGUUAAUCAUAUGGUGCCCAGAAUACGGAUAAACAUUACAAAGUUGUGACCAAAAUAUGGAUAAGCUGUCCAGAAUAUUUAUUAAUGGGUUAACCCCAAAAAAAAUCUGUGUGGACAUUUCCUUUGACAAUAUUUGUGAUAUUUGUGUGAGGACAAGACUUUUCUUCUCAAUGCCCUGGAAGAAGUCUGUUCAAAUCCAUUCCAUCGGCUACUUACUAUCAGUGCUUAGAAACGAACUUGUACUUUUAGAGUCACGUUCAGUCAGAACAAGUAACUCGUGAUUGGCAAGACUUCAAUGCUCGGGCGCUAUGUUCGCAGCUAGAUCUAUGUUUGCAGCUAGAUCUAUGUUUGCAGCUAGAUCUAUGUUCGCAGCUAGAUCUAUGUUUGCAGCUAGAUCUAUGUUCGCAGCUAGUUCUAUGUUCGCUCAAAACAUUUGUAUCGUUUAUGGUGUAAGAAGUGAAUUUGAGUUAUUUAUACUCCUUUGAAAAAAGUGCAAAGUACUUUUACUCAUAUAAGACAGUGCACUGCAGAGCACUUUCAACCAGAGGCUCAUGUAUGAUAGUGUGCUCUGCUCUAUGGGCUUGGUGUGCCACAUUUGUCAGCUUAUCAUGUCAGUGUGAUACUGCCAGAGACACUGUGACAAAGUGUGUCGUGACUCAGCAGCAUGGAACAAACUACUAGGCAAGCUUUACUUAUGUGUACAUAAUGAACAUGUUAAUUUUAUUUCUGUACAAAUUAUUUUACUUCAUAUUAUGCCAAAGUUCAAGCUGGAUUCCUGUAACCAAAACUUUUAGUGUGACAUUGUAGUUUACUCUGCUACGUUCACGAUUGCAUUAAUUAAAAAAAAUCUUUUUCUUUUUCUCAUAAUUAAGUUCAUGUAAAUAUUUUGUGUCAUUAAUAUUUAAACAUUCCUUCAAUAAUUUGAGCUUCUAAAAUGACAUUUAGUGACAUGACAUUCAGUGUUUCAAAUAUAGUAAAAAGUAAAGUACUCCUUCCAGACCUAUGGGGUAGAUGAUGUAAAGGUCAUCUGUUUCUGUGACCCCAGGUUAACUAGGGUGUCAUAUGGCCAGCACAAUGACCGAUGGCCUUUAUUUUUCCCAGACAAAUGUCAGGUACCUAUUAGAGCUAGGUGGACUCAGAGGAGCAGUCUAAACCAGGAUUGGAACUUGGAACUUUGCCACUCAGCCACCACCCCUCCUAGUGUUUUCAAUAUAAUCAUUGCAUUUAGAAAUAGUUUGCAAUAACUUUUGUAUAAUUCCAUCCAAUUUAGAAUUACUUAUUUUUAAGAAAACAAAAAAGGUUGAGAUGAAUGGGCAUGGGUAUUCAAGGCAAGCUGCUUUGCUCCAACUGCAAGUGAACAUUGCCAUACUCGAGAUAUAAAGAAACACUUCAAUCAAAUUAAAACUUUUCUUUUUUUCGCCAGCCAUAUUAAUUCAUUCCUCACAGCCAUUUUAAUUUUAUAUUUUGGUUUAUGUAAAUAUCCUCUUUAGUCUGUAUGUUUUGCAAAUAGGCUAAAUGUUUACCAUGUGACAAAUAAAAGGUGCAAAUCA